AUGACGUCAGCAGAUGCUCAUCAUCAGACACCACAUGUCACUUUUGGGAUUAUUGCUGAUGUACAGUAUGCAGACUGUGACGAUGGAACCGAUUACUCCUUCACUCGGCAGAGAUUUUACCGAAAUUCUUUGAACCUUCUGCAAAAUGCCAUUAAUGACUGGAAAAGAUCUGCAGAUCCAGUAGCCUUUGUGCUUCAGCUGGGUGAUCUUAUUGAUGGAAAAAACAGAAUUGAUGGUGAAGCUGGCAGUAAGAAGGCUCUGCUGACAGCCUUACAACCUCUAGAGUCACUACAUAUUCCACUGUGUCAUGUCUUAGGCAACCAUGAUUUGUAUAACUUGGACCGAUCUUUCUACUUAUCCUCCCCGCUCAAUAGCUCGCUGUUGUUGAAUAACGUGAGCUCGGAUCAGUUUUAUUACACAUUUCUUCCACACCCAAAGCUGCGGGUCGUUGCCAUAGACACAUACGAGGUGAGUCUGCUGGGAUAUAAAGAUACACCUGAUGAUGAGAAUUUUAAGACUGCGCAGACUUGGUUUCAUGACAACAACAAGAACCAAGAUGUGAAUGAUGUAACUGGGCUGAAUGGUUUAGACCGGCGCUGGGCGGCUUACAACGGUGGCAUCAGCGAGAAGCAGUUGAACUGGUUGUCAGACAUUUUGAUGAAGGCCCAGGCUAAAGAGGAAAACGUGAUUAUUAUCACACAUGUUGCGUUACAAUGCCUGUACAAAGAGUAUGCUGUGUGUUUGACCUGGAAUUAUCAAGAGAUCAUGGACGUCAUCCACCAGUACGAGUGUGUCAUCGGGGUAUUUGCAGGUCAUGAGCAUGCAGGAUGGGACCACGUAGAUGACCACGGAGUACAACACAUAACUUUUCAAGGUGUCAUUGAGACCAGGCCUGGUAGCAAUGCAUAUGCCACAGCUCGACUCUGGGACAGCUCUUUGACCAUCACUGGUGUCGGACGAGUGCCAAGUUUUACGAUACCCUUGCGGUAUUGUACGUCAGGAGCAGCAACAGCAAGACUGGCACGCAAUGCUAGACAAAUUAAAAACAUGCAGAUUGCUGAAGCUUGUAGUGUGGAUCUCAUAACAGAUCCCAAAUAA